AUGGAAACCUGGCCCCGGUCCACGCUGGAGACUCAGGGCUUUCCUGCGGAGCCCCACACUCAGGAAUCCAUGACGUCUCCAGCAGCUGCGGCGCGGGCCAAGGCAUUUCUGAUGCAGACAGUAGCGGAGGCACAAGCAGCUCUUUGUGGCGUGUACAGUCACAGUGGACACGGGGAGAGAGGGGAGGAGGGAGGAGAGGGGGAGAGGUUGAGCAGCAGCACUUUUUGGGAAGGGAAAGGCAUCCGCGCACACUAG